UAAAAUUUAAUGAAUCAAUGUUGUGAUAUCGUUUAUCAAAAUUGCAAUAAUUUGGAUGUCAUUCAAGGAAGUUAUGAAGGGGGUUAGACAUUGUGGGAAUGUACGUUUGAUCUCUUAUAAUACCCUAAAUAACUAAAUGGCCUUGACGUAAUAGAUAUGGGAUGUGGUUUGGGAUUAUUGGGAAUUCAAGCUCUAAAACAAGGAGCUAAAAGUGUUUGCUUCUAGGACUAUAAUGAAGAUACAUUUGAGAAAGCAAUAUUACCAUAAUUGAAAUUGAACAAUCUUGAAAAGAAUUAGAAUUACAUAUUUGUAAAUGGAGAUUGGGAAUCACUUAAUCUAUCAAAAGUUGAUAUUAUUUUGGCUUCUGAAAUUAUAUAUAGAGAAGAAUAUUAUCCUAAAGUUGAAGACUUUAUUGCUAAACAUUUGAGACCAGAUGGAUAAUGUAUUAUGAUAAAUAAAUUUUAUUAUUUUGGAGUAGGAGGAUCUGUUGCAGGUUUUAAAAAUCAUCUUACAAAAUUAAAAGUUGUUUAAGAAGACAUAAUAAACACAAAAAAAGGAGUUAAGAAAAUGAUUAUGAAAUUAUAGUUAAAAUGA